AACCAUAACCUUACAAUUUGUAAUGGUUUGAUUUUCAUUCACCAUCAAUCAAAACUCCGAAUUCCUAUUUAUUAUUUUAUUGUAUUUAUAUUACGAAAAUAAUAAGAAAAAACAAGAAAGAAUGUCUGGAAUUACUCGUUUAGAAAAAGUUGGAACCAUUUUUGCACGUUUGAAUGCAAUGUUGAAAAGAAAUGUAUUGCCUCAAAGCGGGAAGCCAGUUUGGUAUGAAAUAUAUGCAUUACAUCCACCGUACGAUGAACCACGUUACGAUAAAGUUGGACCUGAAGAUGAAAUUAGAGAAAUUCUCUACGAAGACGAUUUAAUUCGAGCAAAAUUCCAUGAACAAUUAAAGCGGUAUGAACUAAUCAAUUUAAACGAUCACAGUGCGGAGACUGAUACCAAAAAAUUCAUCAAUUUAUACAAAACCUAUAAGGCACAAGGAGCAUUAGACGAUGAAAAAGUGUUUGAAGUGGCGUUUAAAGAAUUGAAAUCAUCACGCAGUCAAAAAGUUGUCGAAGACAACGACUUUGAAAUUGAUGAUAUCGAAGAGCUGUCAAACGAUUUUGGUUUGGUCAAGAGUUUCAAUACUAUAAAUGAGUCGUCGUCGACCAAAGAGCCAGACACUGAAUCUAAAAAGAAAAAAGGUAGUCCAAUUAAUAUCAAGACACUGUUUUAAUUCGCAUUUCUAACGUGCUGAAAAAAAAUAAUAAUAAAUUAGGUACAUUUUUAUGACAGAAAAAA